AUGAGCCACUCAGAGGAACUAGAAUCAAUGUGGAAUUCCUGGAAAGACACUCUAGGCUCACUUAAAGACUUAAGGAUUCAACGCACAUAUGUGACAGAUCUCAGUAGAACUGUGACGAAGGAACUUCAGGUGUUCAGCGACGCCUCUGAAAAGGCAAUAGCAGCUGUCAUUUAUUUUCAUACAACAGAUAGCGAAGGACGGUGUAAGCUUCGAUUUGUUCUGGGUAAGGCCAAAGUUGCACCCAUAAGCAGACACACUAUCCCACGACUGGAAUUGUGUACAUCAGUGUUAGCAGUAGAGAUUGCCCAAUUCGUCCUUGAACACCUUGACACUCAUAUAGACUCUGUGAAGUAUUACACUGAUAGCAAUGUAAUUCUCAGCUAUGUUUGUAACGAGUCUAGAAGAUUCUAUACCUAUGUUGCCAACAGAGUACAACGUAUUAGGAAGUUCAGAACCCAAAAUCAGUGGAAUUGUGUCCCCACUGAUCGUAACCCAGCAGACCUCGCAACCAGAUGUCUACCUGCAGCUGAACUUCAAGACAGCGCUUGGUUACAGGGACCAAAACAUCUAGUCAUGAAGAAAGAACAGCAAUGUGAUGAGAAUGAACAUUUGCUCAUUGAUCCGGAUGAGGAUAAAUAA